UUGAAAGGAGAGGUGUGCUGGAGAGAGAAAAAGGUUGCGAGGAAAACCUGGAGGGGGCGGAGAUGAAGGAGUGAGUCAAGUCGAGUGCCGGGCCAGUGGAAUUCGCUCGGCUCUCGGCGCCACCUUCCUGGCAGUGUCCUCUCUCUUAGAGCAGAACAGGUUCCCCCAGUUCACUUGGAGCCGGAGAUAUGAGCAGAGAGGAGAUCCAUAUGGAAAUGUGGCGAACCAGGAAGGCCGACCGCUCGGAUAUGAGCAACCUCGCUCUGCCAGGGAACAUGAGGCGGGGGGGCUCGGACACCAACCUGAACCUCAGCGUGACAGACGGGCUGCUGGAGCUGCAGAGCGACCGGCUGACGGCAGACAAGCUGAAGCAGAAGGUGCUGAAGGUGACGGAGCAGCUGCGGGUGGAGCAGGAGCAGCGGGAUGCCAACGUGACCGAGUACCUGAAGCUGGUGAGCAGCGCGGACAAGCAGCAGGCCCGCCGGGUCAAGCAGGUCUUCGAGAAGAAGAACCAGAAGUCGGCCCACAGCAUCGCCCAGCUGCAGAAGAAGUUCGACCACUACCACCGCAAGCUGAAGGAGGCCGAGCUGAACGGGGUGCGGCACUCCAAGGAGGGUCUGCGGGGCUCGCAGCAGAACGUGAGGGAGGUGAGCGGCAGCACGGCGAGGCUGGCGGCGGCUCCGAGCGUGGAGGGCGGCCGCGGGCUCCCGGGGGUCACCCUAACCCCGCCGGCCUUUGUCUUCAACAAACCGCGGGAGCUCGCCAACCUGAUCCGCAACAAGUUCGGCAGCGCCGACAACAUCGCCCAGCUGAAGAACUCCAUGGAGGACUUUCAGCGGGACGCCGGCCACCGGGCACUGAGUGGCAGCGCGGUACUGGUGUCCAAGGCCAAGUAUGCCAGCGACGACGAGGCCUCCAGCCCCAGCGUCUCCGGAGACAGCAACGGCAACUCCGACUUUGGCGUCAAAGACACGGCCAGCCCAAAGUCCAGCUCCCUGGAGAGGGAGCACAGCAAGCUGCCCGCAGUCCUAGAGGAACUCCGCGAAAUGAAAGAAGCACAGUCACAGCUGGCAGCGGACAUCCAAAACUUAAAGGCUCAGUUUAACAGAGACUAUGGCAUCGUCACACAAUCACUGCAGGAGGAACACUACAGGUUGGCAUGUUUGGAAGAUCAGUUAAAUGACCUCUCUGAGCUUCAUCAACAUGAGACGAUGGAUCUAAAGCAAGAGCUGGCAAGCAUUGAGGAGAAAGUAGCCUACCAGUCGUACGAGAGGGCACGUGACAUACAGGAAGCGCUUGAAUCGUGCCAGACACGCCUCGCCACCUUGGAGUUACAUCAGCAGCAGCAGCAAGUGGUGCAGAGCGAAAAUGCCAAUGCCAAGGUGCUGCUGGGCAAAUGUAUCAACGUCCUUUUGGCCAUCAUGACUGUCAUCCUUGUCUGCGUCUCCACAGUCGCCAAGUUCAGCAUUCCUCUCAUGAAGAGCCGUUUGCACAUCAUGUGUACAAUCUGCGCAGUGAUGCUCAUUUUCAUCUGUUGGAAGAAAUGGGAUCAGCUUCAGUAUCUGACAGAGCAUAUUUUUAUAUAUCCGUUAUGAUGUCGUUCUUGUCAGGCUGAUAUUAUUUUCAAAUGGAAAAAUUCUAUGAUAAAUGAAUUUAUAAAAUUACUUGCAUAGGACGGAACUGCAGAUGCUGGUUUAAACCGAGGAUAGACACAAAAAGCUGGAGUAGCUCAGCCGGACAAGCAGCAUCUCUGGAGAAAAGGAAUUCCUUUUGCUGUCUGACCAGCUGAGUUAUAAAAUUACUUCCACCUUGUAUACCAACAUAAAACGGGAGUUUGUCAAUUUGUCCAAUAAAUUAUUUUGUUGCAAAAUCAUCUGCAUCUUCUUUUGCUGCUACAGUCCAGAGCCAUUACCCAUUGUUUUCAAUAGACUUUAUGAUGCGUGUCAUUCCUUGCAUGAGAUGAUUUUUUGAACAGAAUACUGAUGAAGGGAUCACUUUUUUUGAUUACAUAUUAUUUUAUAGACCACUUGGAAAACAGCAAGACAGAAUAAGAAGAGUGGAACAAGAAAGUCGUAUUUUGUUUCAUUGAAUACCUUCAUCUUAUGUCUACCUAAAAUCUGCUCUUGAAGAGAGAGAGACAACUGAAGGGCAAAUCUCUCCAAAGUACAGAUUGUGGAAAGUUCACACGAUGACUGUCUUUCUGUUGGACUCUGUGCUACUGAACACUUCCACCAUGCUACUUGGUGUGAAAGAUUUAUCAAUCAGGAUUGGAUUAACUUUCUAUUAAACCAGUCCUGAAAAAUGAACACUUUAAUGCCAUCUCUGAGGUAAAUGUUACCAGCCAAUGUUCUUAUUCCAAUUUUUAACUGUGGACCUCCCUGGAGUUCAUUUCUAUGAUCCAGGUGUAUGUUAAAUGUUGGUCGUAUGUAAUUAUUUUGAAAGAGAACAAUUUUAAACACUGUAGUACUGUAUAGUCAUCUUUUCAAAUCUCAACACGAGAUACAUUUACCACGGGUCUUAAAGAAUUUAUCUCAUAUUUAUGAGUUUAAAUGUAUGUAUAUUUAUGUAGGGGGAAACGUGCAAUCAAUCUCUCACCAGAGGUGCUUAGGACCAGGGCUGUUAUACUGCUGAAAUGCAACCAUAACUAAUACAAGUACAAUAGGUCACAUUUAACCAUGGGUUUCAAUUUGUCCAGGCAUUACUGAUGAAGAACGCUAUACCUUUUUGGGAGAUAUUUUACAGGGUUUUUAACUAUUAAUGUAAAACGUGACCACAAAGAGGCCAAGGUUGGGGAUAGUGCAAAAAGGUUUGUUAUAUGAGCCAUCUUUUGAGAUUCCACACAGACUACACAAUGAUCCUGUUAGUCCUAUCACUUGAUUUAUAAUGAGAUUUGUAUUAAACUUGUUAUGUGAUACCUGUUUGCUGUGUACUAAAAUCCACUGGUGACUCAGAUAAA